GGGGAGGGGUGUCCAGGAACUUUGAGACUCGGCCUCCGGGGCCCGCGGUGACAUUCCGGGCAGCGCCGCGGGCAGCCGGCCACUGGGGCCCUGACGGAGGGAGCGCAGCCGAGAGAAGCCGCCGAGAGAGAGACCCCGGGCUGCCCAUCGCGGCCGCGCGCGAAGCGGACGGCAGAAGACGUGUCCGCGGGCAUGGGCCGCUUCUCGCCGGAGCCGUGCCUGCUGCAGCUCCUCAGCCUCCCGGGCCUGGCCCUCGCCGCGGCCCUGCUGCUCCUGGUCCUGUGUCUGCGCGCCCAGCGGACCAGGAGACCUGGUGAGCCUCCAUUGAUAAAAGGCUGGCUUCCUUACCUUGGAGAGUCCCUGAAAUUACAAAAAGAUGCAUUAGGUUUCUUGAAAACUCUUCAAAAGCAACAUGGUGACAUUUUCACCAUUCUCCUUGCGGGAAAGUACAUAACAUUUAUCCUGGACCCUUUCCAGUUCCAGUCAGUGAUGAAAAAUCAGAAAUUAAGCUUUCGAGUGUUUAGUAAUAAAAUAUCAGUGAAAGUAUUUUCCAUAAAAAAGUUGAUAACCAAUGAUGACCUGAACAACGAGCUUCACGUCUGCUAUCAACUUUUAAGAGGGAAAUCUUUGGACGUACUCAUGGAAAACAUGGUGCAGAAUAUAAAGCAAGUUUUUGAAUCCCAACUAUUAAAAACUACAAAUUGGGACAUGGCACACCUGUUGACAUUCUGCAGCUCACUAAUAUUUGAGAUCACAUUUACAACCAUACAUGGAAAACUUCUUGCUGGCGAUAGGAAAAAAUAUAUUACUGAGCUAAGAGAAGAUUUGUUAAAAUUUGAUGAUAAAUUCCCAUAUUUAGCAUCAGACAUACCCAUUGAACUUCUAGGAAACGUCAAGUCUAUUCGAAAGAAACUUAUAAAACUCUUGACGUCAGAAAACUUAGCUAAGAUACGAGGAUGGUCAGAAGUUGUUCAAAUGAGGCAAGAUAUCCUGGAGAAAUACUAUAUGCCCAAGGACUUUGAAAUAGGAGCACAUCAUUUAGGCUUUCUCUGGGCCUCUGUGACAAACACUAUUCCAACUAUGUUCUGGGCGAUGUAUUACCUUCUACGGCACCCAGAAGCUAUGGCAAUGCUGCGUGACGAAAUUGACCAUUUGCUGCAGUCAACAGGUCAAAAGAAGGGGUUUGGAUUUUCCAUCCACCUCACCAGAGAACAAUUGGACAGCCUGGUCUACCUAGAAAGCACCAUUCUCGAGGUUUUACGACUAUGCUCAUUUUCGGUCAUCAUACGUUUUGUUGAAGAGGAUUUGACUCUGCAUUCAGAGACUGGGGACUACUGUCUGCGAAAGGGAGAUUCGAUAGCCAUCUUUCCUCCAGACUUACACCAUGACCCUGAAAUCUUUGAAGCUCCAGAGGAGUUUAAAUUUGAUCGUUUUGUAGAAGAUGGUAAGAAGAAAACUAUCUUUUUCAAAAGAGGGAAAAAGCUGAAGUAUUACCUGAUGCCGUUUGGAUUUGGAAACAGCAAGUGUCCAGGCCGAUUUUUGGCAAUUAUGGAAAUAAAGCAAUUGUUGGUUGUGCUUUUAACUUAUUUUGAUUUAGAAAUAAUUGACCAUAAACCUAUAGAACUAAACUGCAGGCGCCUUUUGUUUGGUAUUCAGCAUCCAGAUUCUGAUGUUUUAUUUAGGUACAAAGUAAAAACUUAAGGAAGCUAAAAGGAAAGAAAAGAAAUCUAUCAAAACUAACCUAAAUGUCCUCAGCUCAUCUAUGUGGUUUUAAUUUCUGCAAAUGCAAUUGCUUUGUUUGUUUGUUUAAAAGGUGCCAAUUUCUAUUUGAUCUGAGAUCAAUCUAGUUUGUACUUGGGCACAAAACCCAUCAUAAAAUGAAACAGGAUGGUGGCAUGAAAAUGGACACCGAAAUCAACAUGAUGAUAAACUUAAAAUAGCCUUUUUAAGUUUCUGCGUAUUGUGAUUUCCAGCUGUCAUGGUAAAUGUGCCUUCACAUCGAUAGAUUUGGCACCGUGGGAUUUGUCACUCGAAUUCUUCUCUAAUA